AGCCUGCGAGCGAGGCGAAGUUAUAAAGAAAACCAUUUUUAUUUACCUACUUGCAGUCAUUAAGACGAGUGACGACUUACCUUUUAUAACAAUUGUUCUCUAACUAUCUAACUUAUUUACCACUAUGGCUGCGGCUGCGGAAAAAACUGUAUUGGCCCCUAAUUUCUCUGCAGGACCUGUAGGAUUAGGUGAUCCUAAUGACAGAAGCCUGAGAAGAGUUGAAAUUGAAGUAAUGAUACCAAAACUGAUGAGAGAAAAAGCUAAGAUUGAGAAGUGUCCCCAACAAGUUCAGGAAUUUGAGAAGUGUUGCAAGGAGUCGUCCUUGUUCAUGAUAUUUAGCUGCAGAAAACAAAACUCUGCUCUUAAAGGAUGUUUAACCGAAUGGUAUCAAAAUGAUGAAUUCAGACAGCUAUGCACUGAACAGUAUUUAAAGGAAAGGAGUGAAUACAGAAGAAGUGGUGUCAGGAAGCCAAUAAAAAGGGCUUAACUUUAAUUGUUUGAUUUAGAUGUGUAGAAUAAAAUGUGUUAAUUAUUGAUCUA